UCUUAAAAUCAUUUUUUUUAAGACAUAAAUAAAUAUUUGUUAUUUUGAAUGUAAAUAUGAAAAUUAAUGCUAAUCAACCUGAACAAAGGCGUUCUAUAUUUACAAGUAGACUAGCUAGCGGCACACAUGACAUGUAAUUAUUACUUAGCAUGUAACUAAAGUGAAGGCCUUCAAACAAUUAUUAAGAUGAGUAAUGCCGAUUUGUUUAGUAAUUUGUGAGUAAAAAAGUUGAAAAUCGAAUGAAAAAAUGACUGUCACCUAUACAGCGGAAGUAGCCACUUGUAGAUGGUUUGGUUGUUUCCUAAAGUUACUAGUACGAUGGCGUGGAUCAAUUUACAAAUUAGUAUGGAUGGAUUUAAUUGCUUUUCUAUUUAUUUAUUACGGUUUAAAUAUCGCUUAUCGACAUUUUCUAAAUGAAGAGCACCAAAGAACGUUUGAGGCAGUUGUUCGGUAUUGUAAAUUUUACAAUAAUUUAAUACCAAUAUCAUUCGUAUUAGGAUUUUAUGUAUCAAUUGUAAUGACAAGAUGGUGGAAUCAAUAUAAUUCCAUACCAUAUCCAGAUUCUUUAGCUGUGUUUGUCAGUGCGCAUGUUCAUGGCCAGGAUGAACGAGGUCGAGUAAUGCGACGAACAAUAAUGCGUUAUGUUUGUCUAUGUUUGACAAAAGUAUUAACGAUGAUAUCACCACGCGUUAAAAAACGAUUUCCAACUUUAGAUCAUUUUGUUGAUGCUGGAUUAUUAGUUGAAAGUGAGAAAACUGUUAUGGAACAUUUAGACGUUAAAUUUCCAAAUCAUUCAAAACAUUGGUUGCCAAUUGUGUGGGCAUCAAGUAUUGUAACGCGAGCACGUAAAGAAGGCCGGCUCCGUGAUGAUUUUGCAGUAAAAACAUUAAUUGAUGAAUUAAACAAAUUUCGUGGUAAUGCUGGAAUACUUCUAAAUUAUGACAUGGUUAGUUUACCGUUAGUAUAUACUCAAGUGGUGACGUUAGCUGUAUAUUCAUAUUUUUUAACAUCAGCAAUUGGACGUCAAUGGAUUAAAGGCUUAAAAGGCGAGGAUGGCAACGAAAUAACUAAUUUAGAUAUGUAUUUUCCUGUAUUUACGAUGUUAGAAUUCUUUUUCUAUAUGGGUUGGCUUAAAGUGGCCGAAUCAUUAAUCAAUCCUUGGGGGGAUGAUGACGAUGAUUUUGAAGUGAACUGGCUCGUGGAUAGAAAUUUGCAGGUUUCUUAUUUAAUUGUUGACGAAAUGCAUCAUGAACAUCCUGAAUUAGUCAAAGAUCAAUACUGGGAUCAAGUAUUUCCAUCGGAAUUGCCUUAUACAUUAGCAGCUGAACCAUUCCGUGAUAAACAUCCAUUGCCAUCAACAGCAAAUUUAUACAUACCAAAGAAUGAAACUCAAAUAUUUGCACCACCAUCAUCUUUGAAAAUUGAUGAAAUGGGAAUGGGAGAUGGAUUUGGAAGCUAUGACGAUACACAGAGUGGUAUACAUUUUACUGUUGGUCGAACACGAAGUGGAAGUCGCACGAAUCGACCACCGUCAGUUGGUUCACAAUCUUCAAUGGGAACAUUAAUGGGUGGUUCAAUGACUCGUGUCAAUUCUGUAUCGGGUGUAUUGCGUCGAAUAUUUACUAGAGAAGAUAGCCGUACCGAUGGUGCAUCACAACCAAUGUAUGUGCAACCAAGAUUACCGGGUUCAGCGAGUUCGACAAGUUUAAAAGACAAAGGUACAACGAAUCAACCACCAGGUAGCAUCCGCCUUGCAACUCAAGUAAUUGAAGAAGUUGAUGAACAAUUAACUAUACAAUCAAUGCGAGCCAAAGAAGACCGUCCUCAUAUGGCAACAAUAUUCGGUUCUCCUCCUCCAUCAAGUCCAAUUCCUGUUCCAAAAUCAAAUAAUAAUCAUCAACAGCAUAUAUCAACAUCAGCCCCAGCUGCAGCACAUGUACGGGGCGAAAUGGAUGUGAUUAGUAUAGAUAGUGGUAGCACAAAUAAUAGCGUCAACGAUGAUGAUGAAUUUACAAAAUUAAAAAAUACACGUGAAGCGGAGCGUCGUGAACGACUUAUGCAAAAGCUUACAAAAUCUGUGAAUAUUGAUGAUAAUUUAGUGGCAGAGUCAUUUUUAAUGAAUGAACCAUUAAAUAUUAGUCCGAGUGUUUAACGAUUAAUAAAUCUCAUAGAAACAAUUUAGACAUUUUUUAGCUUUGGUUCAAUUCAAUUGUUUUUGUUUUAUACAGUAUUAAUAAUUUUAAUAAUAUUUAUGAUUCCAUUAUAUUUGAUCUAAAGGUGACCGCCAUAGAUUUUGUAAUUUUUAAUCAAAUUAGAAAAAAUGACGUGGGUGGCUGAAAACCAUCCUUAAAAAUUGUAAGAAAAGGAAGUACACAGACGCCGAUCUUUGUGUUAAAUUAAGUUUUCAUAUUACGGGAUAUAUUAGCUGAUCUGUAAAGUAUUAACCAAAGUUUAGAAGAAGAUCACAAGCUUAUUUUAGAGAACAGUCAAUAAACUGUAAAUUUUAGAUCGACAUAAACUUUCUCGUGUUAAUAAAUAACAAUUUUCGAAUCACUUGACUAAAUUUUCGCAAUGCCUGUGCUAUAGGGUUGCCACCUCAAAGUUCCGGGAAGUCGGGAGAUAGUGAUAUUAAUCUAAUUAUAUCACCGAAUCUUAAUCCUGUAUAAUAUUUUUUAUGUUUUGUAUACCCAGUAUUACAUUCCAUAAUUAAAAAUUUUAAUAAAUAUCCUUCAAAUAAUUUAAAAUAAAUAUGAAAAAACUAAUUAAAAAAUCUGUUUAUUUACUGAACUCUGGAGAAUUUAUGUUGAUUGGUUUCGGGAAUCUUCCGAAGUCUCAAAUCUGGAGAGGUGGCAAUCCUACAGUAUCAUGUCACCUUAGAUUGUAACAAAUACAGGUAAUGUAAAUUAGUGAAUUAAUUAAAGCUAUUUUUAUAUUUAAUAAAUAAAACCAAAAUCCACUAAAAAUGAUAUUUAUAAAUAAUGAAAUGACCGUACGAGUUGAAACAA